AUGUCUGGCCCGAAGCAGGUGACGCAACGAUGCCUCACACGCUCAAUGGCUACGGAAGCCCAGUCAACGACGCCAGUAGUGUCUCAAGAUAUCCACGACGUCCCCACUGCCACCCGACCAGGUGGCCAAACCCCUGUCCAAGUCAUGACCUACCAAUGGCCUGACCUGAGACCCAAGCGCUUAAUUCACUACUCCAAGAGGCUCCUCGACAUGCCCGUUCGUCACGAUAUUCUUCACCGUGCCGUGAUCUUCGAGGCCGACGGCACACGACAGGGUACCGCCAGCACCAAGUGGAGGGACGACGUGCACGGUAGUCACCGGAAGUUGUACGCCCAGAAGGGCUCCGGUCGUGCGCGUGCCGGUGACAAGCAAUCGCCCGUCCGACGAGGUGGUGGUGUUGCCCACGGUCCCCAUCCCCGUGAUUUCUCGACCGAUCUGCCGCGCAAGAUCUACGACCAAGCCUGGCGCAUUGCUCUCAGCUACCGUCUUUCGCGCGGUGAACUGAUUGUCGUUGACAGCAACAUCAACAUGCGCCCCGACGGAACCCCCUACUACCUCGAAAACAUCCUGCGGGCCCACGAUUGGCACGGAAAGGGUCGUUCCACUUUCAUUACCCUCCAGCCCUCUGAAGCUUUCACCGAUGCGGUUGAGAAGUACCCUCGCCAUGCGCGCCAUCUGACUACGGAGGAUCUGGACGUGAAGGAUCUUUUGGAAACGAGCCGAUUGGUUAUCGAGCGUGAUGCACUGCACAAGAUCCUGCUUGCACACACAACGGACCUGGGUGCCAUCGACACCUUGUUCUCACCCUCGUUGGAUGGAUCCAUUGUUCACCAACUGAAGGCCAGCCGACUGCGGGCUACCUGGGAGGCCCAGGAAUAA